CAUUUGCAUUAUUUACAGAACGCAAGCUAAAGUUAGCAAUAAAAACAAUAAAUGACGUGCAUAGUAACGACGUAGCUUAAUGACGUCAUCAUGGAAAAGAAAACAGAAAAAUUACCGGGCUCCUGGAAAAGCGGCUCUUACCAGAAAGCUAUAGCACGCGCUCGGCGCCGUCUAGCGGGGAAAGAAAAGGGUGAAAUCACACCACAAGAAUCAAUUGCUUUGAAACAACAGCUUUUACCACUGACGAAACCCGAUUAUUCAAGAUGGGCGAAAAUAGACGCAGAUAAAAAGCUCAAGACUCUGCACAGCAAAUCAGCGGUGUCAUCGAAACACGAACCAUUGAACCGACUCCCUCAGAAUUCGGCGCACGAGUUCUUGUCAUUGGCUGAUCAGGCGCAUCUUCAUCCAACCGUGUCGCCCCUCGGCCAAUCAGAAUCGGGUAUUUCGAUGACGUAUGACGACUUUGGAUUAUGCUCAGGAUGCUUCCAUCAAAAAGGCCCACAUCACCAUUACAUGGCCCCGGUAAGGGUGGGAGGCGGGUAUUCAAUUUACCAACGUCAGCGAGCUCGGUGGCUCGGAUUGGACGAGAACCAAGUCACGUGGGACACAGUCCGAUGGUUAUCCGAUCUUGGGAAAUCCCCAAAAGGUGAUAAAACCAAUGGGAUCAGUUUUGGAGAUGAAUAUUCUGUCGAGUUGUUCAAACAGUUUAUAAAUAAUGGAGGAGAUGUCGCUUCAUUAAAGGAAUACUUGGAAUCGAACUUUAACUCCACAGUGUUGACCGAAUUAAAAGAAUCUGGUGUAAACGUGCAGCUAAUCACUGAGUACGCGGAAAUGUAUCGGCAACAUGUCAAACGAAUCUUGCACGAAAAUAAAAAGAAGCAAUCAGAUCUUACUAAGAGACUUGCCCACAAAGUGGAUCUUGCUACUUUAUAUACAGCCAUAGAAAGUGAAGGUGUCAAUAUGGGAAUGCUGAUAAAAUAUUUAACAGGAGGAAGAAACGAUAGUGAUGUCACAGACUUCGAAGCUCGUGGUGGAAACAUUGAAAUUUUAGAACAUUACGUUGAGCAAAUUAAUCAAGAACCCCUCUGUGAUAUCAUAAUAAAAAACUUUCAAGAACAGUGGACGAAAGACAAUGAAAUUAGAAUGUCUGAGAUAUUUCUAGAGUUUGUAAGAAAUGGAGGUGAUUUGGCAACAUUGAAGAAGUUUGCUGCUGGAGAUAAAUACUUGCUUGGGGCAGAAGAUGACUUGAUGUUAAUUGAGGCUUGCAUGGGGGAAUUCACUAACCAAGAAACACUCCUGAAGCAUCUUGAAACUUUUCUUACAAAGUUUCAUCACCAGUUUGCGAGUGCUAACCUCCUGCAGGAAUAUAUUGAGAAUGGUGGCCGAGUAUCACAACUAAAGUCCUAUGUAAAAGAAGAAAAAGAAAAAACUCACAAAACAGCAGGAAACCGACUUCUUCAUAAAAUCGGCGAUGUGUUUCGACAUGACCCGACACUUCGAAGCGAUCUCGAAAAUUUUCCGGAUGAUCCAGAAAUAAUUGAAGCUUAUGUUAUUAAUGGAGGGAGUUUCCCAAAACUGGUACAAGCUGUAUCCGAUGUUUUGGACAAACCAAAAUUAGAAAGUUAUGUCAAAUCUCGAACUAAUGAAGUUUUUUGUAAAUUUGCGUUUCGUGAUCGAAGUAAAACGAAAAAAGAUUCAAAAAGGCCAAGUUCAGCCCCAGAUAGAUUAUCUCGUGUUUUACUUCCUACUUUACUCGGGAAAGCUCGUGCUGAUCUCGUAUAUGAUGAGCUGGUGGAAGCCGACCAAUCAUUGAUGAAAAAUGAGGGGCGUUGUCUCUCUCUUGCAAUUAACUUAGAGCACAUGACCACAAACCAUUUAACCGAUGUAAAAAUAUCUGAGCGCCAACUCGUUACACGCCUUGUACGGCGAUUAUCCGCAUCUGAUGUUUCAUCUUUGUCUCCAAUAACCGGAAAACGAAGACACACUUUGUGGAUCCCACCUCCGCCAUUUGAGAUAAAGAAAAGCACAACCCAGCUCACAUUACCACAAUCUCCAUUCACCUCAAACAGAAUCUACCAGAUCCCAUCCUUAAGUGAGGAAUAUAUCCUGGAUGUUGAGAAAAGACAGAGACAAGAGCUUGAUAUUUUAAAAAGGACUUUUAUGUUGGAGCAAUUUCAAAAAAGUUGGAAAUUAGCGAUUACGAGCCCAAGAGGAUCCAUUAUAUCGGCUGAUUAUCAACAAAGUGAUCAGCUUCCUAUUAAUGUAACAAGUCAACAGAUAACCAAGGCACUUAAACCACUAAAGAAAGAUAAAAAAUCAAGAAGAGAGAGGCACCGAGAAAAAAUGAAAGCGGUGAAGCAUGAAGGUCAUGUGAGUAGGAGAGAAUCUCCAUCAGGAAGAAGCAGUCGGUCAUCAACAAGUUUAUUGAUGGUUCCAACUGCUGAAGAAUUGGAAGAUAAAAAAGCAAUACCAGUUAUAACUUUGAACCAUGGAGAAAUGGUGGAUUUCCCUGAGUUGGAAACGGCAGACAAGACUGAACUCGAACCAGAAACAGUGUUGCAGGUUGAAAAAGAUGAAGAAGAAGUUGCUGGAAACACUGCUCCAACUAUUAAGAUAGAAAUUAAUUUGUCGACAGCUAAAACGGAGAAUAUUCCACGAAUUUCACUUAAUGAGGCCACAAAGAUAAAAGUUGAAGAAAACAAAGCGUUCACGAAAGUUGUUCCAAAGACAACGUUUGCAACUGCAUUUGGUCCUAAACUUGCAAGUUCAAGUUACAGCAACUUUAUGACGUUGAAGAAUUUACAAAAGAUGAAAGAAAACCCAGAAACUUUGGUUGAAAAGUUGAGUGUAAGAGAACAGCUUUCCUCCAAGUCCGAAAGUAAUUUGUCUAAGUUAGUAACACCAGCUCAAUCUAAAACAUGGGAUGAAAUAUCAAAAGAGAUUUUGUUGCGUAAGAACAGUAGAACUCGGAGAAAAAGCAGUGUCAGUACAGUUUCCGAAACAGAAGACAUCAUUGAAAAGAAACCAGCAAAGAUGGUUGACUUGCUGAAGCAAUAUUGUAUAAUAAGAGAAGACAGACUGCCUGCAUACAGAAGAGUAUUCGAUAAAUACGUCAUCAUUAAAAGCAUGAGAGAUCGAGAAAGAAGGUUAGAAAAAAAGAGAGAAAACAAACCAACAACAGAAGCAUCACAGGAAGAUGGUGAAAGUUCAGCAGAAUAUUUGUUGGAAAAGAAUAUGUUUGUGUUGGAAAAACUACAAGAACAAAUUGUGGAGCUACAAGAGAAAAUAAAAGUCGCAAAAUGUAAGUGGAGUGUUAAAGCUUUUUGUUACUUUUCCUGCUCACUGUCCAGUUAUAUGAGUGUCUACUUAUAUAUCUCACUGUCGGUUAACAACAUGUCAAUAUUUCCAGUUGAAGUCAACCGGGCAGUUGCCAUAGCAGCACGUGCCAACUAUAGUGAUGUCAUAAAGACAAAAAAAUCUCCACCAAGUGGUAAAACAUCUUCGGUGUUUGGAAUAAAAUCACCUGAAGCACGAACAGAAAAACGGCGUAAUUCUGACGAAGACAUACUACAGCACUUGAGCGCCUCCAUGCGGCAAAAAUGCGAGGCUCAGAUGGAAGUUCGUGACCGUAAGGUGGUGCUAGAGCAUUUGCGAGGACGCACGAAACGACUUUUGUCGAGACAAAAGACAAUAGAAGAAUCCAGCAAGAAGUUGAUUAAAGAGAUGGAAAAAGAGAAAAUAAACCGUGGAAUUAAAAGUCGAAAUAUGGAACCGUUCACACGAAAACAAAGCGCGAUUUACAGGGAGCUCCAUCCUACGAGCGAGGAGUUUAUUGACGUAAGUGACUUGAAAGAUGCACUCAGGGAAAUCGGAGCAAAACUCAGGUUCUUCGACGAAAGUCAAUUUACUGAGGGAAUACGGGACGAAGGGAAACUUACAUUCAGAGCAUUCUGCGUUGUGGCAGCGCUCAACGAAAGGAAAAAGGAUUUGCACAAAGAAGGAGACGCAACAUUGGCAGCAAAGCUAAAAGCAUGCAAGGACCACUAUUCAAGUCUGUUAGGACCCGAUCUGGAAACACUGCAAAGUGACUUGGCGGCGGUCGGGAUACCGCGUUUACAACGCGAAGAGAUCAUAAAGAAGCUAUCGCGGGGCAACUCGGGACGACUCGAUUUUCUAGACUUCGUGACGUAUGCUCCUUUAUUCGUCAACAUUCAUCAAACAAUCGUCAAGAACCCGUUUCCUAUCGUCCAAUCAACGUAGCACACUGAUCACGUGAUACAACUAAUACGUCACACCCCCACAAACGUCAUUUUUGCGCCAAAGAAAAAAGAAACCUAAUUUAAAAAUUAUGUUUUACAUUGUCUGCAAUAAAGAGUAAGGUUAAAUAAACGAAGUGUUCAAUUUUA